CAAAGCAGCGCUGCUCCUUUUCUUGAGAGGAGAGCAGCAGAGAACCACAAGGCUUUCCCAUCAGUGUGUGAGUUUGCCUGCGCGAGGCUGCUUUACACGCGUUGGCUGGUGGAAUCCCAGCUGUGCUAGCAUUAGCUGAGGAUCUGCGCUGUGUCUUCCAAAAUGCUUAACAAUCUCACAGAGUGUGAAGAAGGUGAUGGGGGACCCAACAGUCAGGGAGAUGCAGCAUCCAAGGAAAGCAGUCCCUUUAUCAACAGCAGCACCAGUGAUGUGGAGAAAAGCCAACAGUAUGAUGGGAAAAAUAUGGCCCUGUUUGAGGAGGAGAUGGACACCAGUCCUAUGGUUUCUUCCCUUCUGAGCAGCCUCGCCAACUACUCCAACUUGAUACAGGGCAGUAAAGAACACGAAGAGGCCGAAAACAAUGAGGAAGCACCCAAGAAAACUGUGCAGGCUCCACGUAUGGGCACAGUAAUGGGCGUUUACCUGCCGUGUCUGCAGAACAUUCUGGGUGUGAUCUUGUUUCUCAGAAUGACCUGGCUAGUGGGCGCCGGGGGUGUGCUGGGCACCUUCUUGAUCGUCUUCAUCUGUUGCUCUACGACUAUGCUGACUGCAAUCUCAAUGAGUGCGAUUGCCACCAAUGGAGUUGUGCCAGCUGGAGGCUCGUACUACAUGAUCUCUCGUUCAUUGGGGCCGGAGUUUGGUGGGGCUGUUGGUAUAUGUUUCUACCUAGGUACCACUUUUGCUGGAGCCAUGUACAUCCUGGGGUGCAUCGAAAUCCUGCUGAUCUACAUCGUGCCAGUAGCUGCUAUAUUCAAAAUGGAAGGUCUGGAGGGGGCAGAAGCCGAGGCAGCAUUGUUGAAUAACAUGCGCGUUUACGGCACCAUCGUGCUAUCCUUCAUGUGUAUUGUUGUCUUUGUGGGUGUGAAAUAUGUUAACAAGUUGGCCCUGGUGUUCCUCGCUUGCGUCGUACUCUCCAUUCUCGCUGUCUAUGCAGGGGUCAUCAAAACAUCCUUUGACCCACCAGACUUCCCGGUGUGUGUGCUCGGGAACAGAACUCUUACCUCAAAGGGCUUUGAUAUUUGUGCCAAGAUCAUAGAACGAGGCAAUGCCACAGUCACCACCAAACUCUGGAGGCUCUUCUGUGAUUCAGAGUUUCUGAACGCCACUUGUGAUGAGUAUUUCACCAACAACAACGUCACUCAGAUCCAGGGAAUCCCUGGAGUCACCAGUGGGAUUCUGGCAGAAAACCUCUUCAGCACGUUUACGGAGAAAAAUUCAUUCUUAGAGAAGAGGGGUAUAUCAUCAGUUGUUGACCCUGACGCCCCAAUAACCAACAGCAACCAGUAUGUACUAGCAGAUAUCACCAGCUUCUUCACUCUGCUGGUUGGCAUCUACUUUCCCUCUGUCACAGGUAUCAUGGCUGGUUCCAACCGUUCUGGGGACCUGCAGGAUGCUCAGAAGUCCAUUCCUGUUGGUACAAUCAUGGCCAUCGCAACCACCUCCUUUAUCUACAUGUCCUCUGUGAUUCUGUUUGGAGCCUGUGUGGACGGAGUGGUUUUGAGAGACAAGUUUGGGGAAGGUGUGAAUGGUAACUUGGUUAUUGGGACACUGGCAUGGCCCUCGCCCUGGGUCAUUGUGUUCGGCUCAUUCUUCUCCACCUGUGGGGCGGGACUUCAGAGUUUGACAGGAGCGCCCCGCCUCCUCCAAGCUAUUGCCCGAGAUGGAAUCAUUCCUUUCCUCAGGGUGUUUGGUCAUGGCAAAGCUAAUGGUGAACCUACGUGGGCUCUCCUACUGACGGGCUGUAUCUGUGAGAUUGGCAUCCUCAUUGCCUCCCUGGAUGCUGUCGCACCCAUUCUGUCUAUGUUCUUUCUUAUGUGCUAUAUGUUUGUAAACCUGGCUUGUGCGCUGCAGACACUCCUUAGGACCCCUAACUGGAGACCACGCUUCAAGUUUUACCACUGGGCUUUGUCACUCUUGGGCAUGAGCUUGUGCCUCACUCUGAUGUUUCUGUGCUCUUGGUAUUAUGCCAUUGUUGCCAUGGUGAUCGCUAGCUGCAUCUACAAAUACAUCGAGUUCUGCGGGGCAGAGAAGGAGUGGGGUGAUGGGAUACGUGGCAUCUCUCUUAGUGCUGCCCGUUAUGCCCUCAUGCGACUGGAAGAAGCUCCACCUCACACCAAGAACUGGAGGCCACAGAUUUUAGUGCUCACGAGCUUGGAUGGGGAGCAGAACUUGGAGCAGCCUCGACUUUUGUCUCUGACCAGUCAGCUGAAAGCUGGCAAAGGUUUGACCAUCGUGGGGGCAUGCGUGGAGGGAACCUUCCUGAAAAACCAACCAGAGGCGCAGAAAGCAGACCAAUCUCUAAGGAAGCUGAUGGAGGUCGAGAAACUGAAGGGAUUCAGUCAGGUGGUGAUUUCAUCAAACCUGCGGGAUGCAACUUCACACUUGAUCCAGGCUGGGGGUCUUGGUGGUCUUCGCCAUAAUGCAGUACUGGUCAGCUUCCCUAAGAACUGGAAGCAGGUGGAUGAACACCACCGCUGCAGGAACUUCAUUGAGGUGGUCCGGGAGACCACUGCCGCGAGCUUAGCUCUGCUGGUGCCAAAGAACAUUUCUGCAUAUCCAUCUAACGGCGAGCGCUUCACUGAGGGCCACAUUGAUGUGUGGUGGAUUGUUCAUGACGGAGGCAUGCUUAUGCUCCUGCCCUUCCUUCUGCGCCAACACAAGGUGUGGAGGAAGUGUAAGAUGCGCAUCUUCACCGUGGCCCAGAUGGACGACAACAGCAUUCAGAUGAAGAAAGAUCUAAUGACGUUUCUCUACCACUUGCGUCUUGAUGCUGAGGUGGAGGUGGUGGAAAUGCAAGACAGUGAUAUCUCGGCCUACACUUACGAAAAGACCUUGGUGAUGGAACAGCGAUCACAUCUCAUCAAGGAAAUGCAUCUCACCAAGAACGAGCGUGAGAGAGAGAUUCAGAGCAUCACUGAUGUUUCUCGUGGGUCUAUUCGGCGGAAGAACCCUUCGAACCUGCACCCGCAAAGGAGCAUCACUGAGGAAUCAGUGGCGGGAGGGGGCGAAGAGAAACCUGAGGAAGAGGUGCAACUCAUUCAGGGGAAAAAGGCCACACCCACCCCCACUAGCCCCACCUCCCCAGCCUCUCCCACCCCAGCAGCCAUGAGCCCCGGAGAGGAGGUUCAGAUGACCUGGACGGACGAGACAGAGACGAUCAAUAACCCAGCAGCGGUCUAUCCUGAAGGUGUAAAGGACAUGUUCAAUAUGAAACCUGAAUGGGAGAACCUGAAUCAGUCCAAUGUCAGACGCAUGCAUCAUGCACAGAAGCUCAACGAGGUCAUCGUGAAGAAGUCGCAGGAAGCUAAACUUGUCCUGCUAAACAUGCCUGGUCCACCUAGGAACUGCACUGGAGAAGAAACCUACAUGGAAUUUCUUGAGGUCUUGACUGAAGGUCUCAACAGGGUCCUCCUUGUGCGUGGAGGAGGCCGUGAGGUCAUUACCAUCUACUCCUGAGGGGCUUAGCUCAUCCACCAAAUACUCAUAACCCCUCGUCCCUCACUCCAUAGACGGAAACCCCACUCACCCGUACCUACAUCAUGAGCAAUAACGCCCCAGCACAUAUCAGAUGACUUUGCACUACAUAGCCUAAGACCUCUAAAAAGACACCAGCUUAGUAGAUGUCACUUCCACAUUCUUAGCUACAUUUGAUCUCAUCUUUCUAUGUUCCUAUUGGUUAUUUCUCAACUCAACCUGCAUAUUGCACAGAUCCGUUCACGACCGAGUUGGUCUUUGUUACUAUAAUUCCCAAAUGACAGAAAAGACCAUGUCCUCCAGUGACACCAAACAAACAACUGUCAUUCAUAUUUAUCUCAUAGAAAAACUUCUGAGAGAAAAUGGGUUUUAGAACGUAAUUUACUCACCCUAAUCCCAUCCUAGGUGUAUUUGACUUUCUUCAACCAAACAAAAUCUGAGGAAUUUUUUAAUAUUAUUCUGGCUCUUCAUAGCGUUGUAAUGGCAUUGGGUAGAUUGCCAUUUUUUAAGCUCAAAAAAGCGUAUACAUCCAUCAUAUAAAUAAUCCCCACAACUCCAGGGUGUAAAGAAAUGUCUUGCAGAGCAAAACAAUACAUAAAACAAUUAAUAUUUUUAGUUAAUUUAGUCACGUUUGGGUGAAAAUGUAAUACCUCAUAGGUUACAAACAAAAUGGCCACACACUGCCUUCAUGAAUCUCAAAUUUGAAUCUCAUUGGCUAUCAGACAUCUUGUGACCCUGAGUUCAAAUCUGUUCGUCCAUUUUGUGUGUGAUUAUUUAAAUUUACUCUGAUGGUGUUUGCCUGUACCCUGUAAAACCCUUUUUUUUUAUUCACGUAUAAUGUCCAAAACGCUGUAAUUUACUGGUUUAAUUACAGAUUUUUCAUAAAAAUUGUGAAAUAUGGUAAAAAAAAGUCAAAUUACAGAAAAAGCUCAUUUACAAGAAAACCAUAGCAAUCCAUGUAAUUUUACUGGAAAACAGUUAUUUUAAUUUCUUUUUUACGGGAUUUUUUGCAGUGUAGAAAGGAAGCCAUUUAGUGGCAUGAGGGUGAGUAAAUUACGGAUUAACAUUUAUUUUUGGUUGAACUGUGCUUUUAAGGGGCAAUCACAUCUCAUUUGGAGCAUUCAAAACAGAUUAGUUUAGAUUCUGUAUCGGUCAAACUUUGUGAAAUUAGCAUCGAAUUUUCAUUUUAUCUUAUUAUUUAUGCAGAAAACAAAAAUAUGCAUACAUGAUCAUUCUAUUUUGUUCAUAGGCAUAUAAUAUAUGAAAGUUAAUCAAAUUCAAAAUAUAUUGGGACCGCUUUAUACAGUAGUAGACCACUUUUUCCUAUAAUGUACAUUGUUCAUCAUUGGGUAAAUAGAACGGCUUAAAUCUUCUUUGUUGAAAACAGUCUUCCAGUGCACCACGUAAUUGUCCGAGGUUGUUUGUUUUACACCAAGGACAGAAUUGACCAGGGUUUUAUUGUGAGCUAGGUGUGAGCACUCAGAGGUCAUCCUUCUGGAUUAAUCACUAUCAGCUUUACCCUUGAACAUUUGCAUGUCCUUUGACUAUAUCAGCCUUUUAAGAGUCAUAUACAGUAUGAGAGCGGCGUGUGAGUGUUUGUAAUGAUGUAGAUUUGGUAGGGUAUAACAGAAUUGUUAAUAGGAUUGAUGACUUUGUCCUUUGAUAGAUCUGUUAAUUUAGUCUUUGACACUAAAAUACAGUAUCAGGUGACGUGAAUCAUAUUGCUCAGUCCACAUAUGUGCACAUACUUUGAAAAAUGAGCGUUACUAAAAUCCGAACCGGCUGUUUUAAAAACCCAUAUACAGUUUAAAUAUCCAGUGAAGGUAUAAUCCAAAAUAAUCUUAUUUAAAUAUUAGAAUCACAUAUAUCGUAAGGGAAUGUAAAUAAAAAAGGAUCAGUAUUUAUAUUUCAGAUAUUUAUUUACAAAGAAAAUUAUUUAUUCAUUUUGAUUGAUUGUAAACACGGUCCAAACAUUGUCUCGACGUCUCUUGCCAAAUCAUAAAACAUGAAUCGUGCCAUAUGAGGAUUGGGAGAAGAAAAACACAUUGUUCUAUUUACAUUUUCAUAAAGGACAGAGCUGAGUAAGAUGUUAUAACAUCAAAUUAUAUCAUGAGUCUUAGUAAACAGAUCUAGUUUUAAUAACAUAAUUUUUCACCAAAUCAAAUUUGUGAACAAAAUCAUAUUUUAACUACAUAAUAUAUUAAAAUAUAUCAUAUCAUGUCUAACAUUUGUCACGAAUGUCUACGAAUUUCUUUUGUUUUCUACAUUUGUAUAGAAGACACCGAUUUGCUACAUGUACGCAUCAUCUGGGACUGAUGCAGACUGUUUUAAUCACAAGCACGGGAUAUUUAGUUCAUGUGUGGUAGAAGUAGAUCAAGAUAUUUAAAACAUUUAUCUAAAAAAAAGUAUUUUUAUUUUUUUGUAAAAUUGCAACGAUAAAAAAGAAGUAUAUUCGAUUAUUGAAUAGAUUAGUACAAUAUUGUCUUGUGUAAAUGUGAGACGUAAAAAAAUGGAAACUAACUAUAUGUUUUAAACUUUAAAAUCAACUUGUGCUGAGGUUGCUGCUGCCUUCAUUACACUGUAAAUAUAUUGCAUACCUGCCCCCAAAAUAUAAGGAUAAUAAUAAAUAUAAAAAACGAAUUAUACAGUUAUAAAGCUUGCAGUCAGAUUCCCAAAUUAGUUGCGACAAAAUAUUUUAAAGGGUUUGGGUACUAGAACUUAGGGACAGGAAGUAUUUUAUCAAAAGUUAGUCUGUCCUAAUAUUCUUCAUUUAACCUCACAUGUUGUCAAGUCAAAGUGCACACUUUAUUUAGUAGAAUAGUAGUGUAUAAAGUUUGUGGUCUAUAGGGGAUCUUUAGCUUAUUCAUUGUUUCCAAAAGAAUUAAAUAUUUCCUUCUACUGUUUGCCAACUAAUAUUUUUCACCAAAACCAGGAAUUGCGAAGUACAGUAUGUGAUAAGUGCUACCUAUCGUAAUUCUUCCAGUUUUAUUGCUUAUGUUUCUAGCUAAAAUCUUAACUGAAGGAUAUAUUUGAAUUGACAAAAGACAAGUUCGGCUUCUUUGGAGUCCUAUGCAAUUACAGUUGAAUAUGUUCUUUGAGGGUCUAAAAUGACUUUCUAUUGAAUUCUUUAUAGCGGUGUGAGUAUUAUAGAUUGAAAUCAGAGCUUCCAUUACCUGCCAGGGUGGCUUACCGUUUGGUUACUUUCCACACAAAGUAAUGCAAAGGAACACAUGCUGGGACAACGCAGAGAUUUGGCCAUAUUGGCUGCACGCUGUGCUGUUGGACACUGAGGUUUGUCCCAUUCUUCAUGAAAAUUUCGAACACCUGAAUUGAUUCCACAUUGACGCUAAGGGCUUUCGAUAUCAUUUUAUCAGAUCCGUCUUAUCCUUUCCCGAGGCUGAAGACAAAAGUGUCACAAACCAUGAAUAGCAUGUGGUUCCUUAUCUCCCUAAAGGGAUGAAACACAGUAAAGUCACCCCAAAUUGGCCAAAGCAUAACUAGAAAUAAGCACUGUGAAAAUUCAAGGUAAAGUUUCUUUCCGACACAUUCAGUCACAUCUGUAACUUUUGCCGAUGUAUAUCUUGAUUUAUCGUUCUUGUUGUGUCAUGAUGUGGAGCAUUUUAGUAGGGACAUCCGAAGUGAAAUAGUUUGAAUCACGAUGCUUUUUAUGCAAUGACUUGUUUAACUGUCCUGCUACAGUGGUAUACUGCAGUCUACUAGUCGACUAACAGGGCUUAAAAAUGAACCAGCUAACUGAAAUUGAUUCCUAAGUAUUUGCAGGGGUUUCAGAAGGUGCUAAUGAUUAUUUGAGAGUGUUCGCUGAGGUGUAUGAAAAUGGGAGACUUUACAAGUUUUGAAAUGUUGGCCGGCUUGAUGAGGUGUAUCCAAGAGGAACAUUUGUUUGAAAACCCAAAGUCAUCGUGGUUGCUUUAUCCUUUCGCUUCAGCGAUCACAUAAGAUCAGUCGGAGAAGGUUAAUGAUCAUCUGUUUAAGCAUUUUCUACGCACCUGCUUCCUAACUCAGCAUGUUGGUGUUCAAACCGGAGGCCUAUCCAGGCCUCAACUCAAUGGCAUAGCUUUUGAUUCUGAUUUCUAAAAUGCAUCUUUAGAUAUUUCAAAAUUCUCCCAGCAGUGUGUGCAAAUUUCUACACAGUCAGCAUUUCGAUUUUAUCCUGAGGAGAGCACUGACACAUUUUGUAUUGUAGUCGACGUAGACCCGAAGACAGUGAUCUUGGUUAGGAAUUGUGUUUUAUGUUCUUCCCUUCAGUUCUCACUCUUUGAAACAAUGAUUCAGAGUGUGUUUGUGAGUGCGAUUGAAAGACGGGGCGUGGUUCUGUAUGUGACUUUGUGUGACUCUAGGAAAAAGAGGGAGGUUAAACCUUGGUAGUUACUUUUGUAAAUAUACGAAACAUUAUAGUUAUCUUAGCCUAGCUGUUUAAUUUCUGUGUCCAUGCAAGUUUAAUAUUUUAACAAAUAAAUAGAAACCGUGUCUGAAAAUUGUGUUCUAUGAAAUAUAUUUAAAUAGAUAUCUUACAUUAUUGUUUUACCUUGUCAAAUGCUUCUAUGUUCUAUGAAUAAUGGUUUCUCUGGACCAUUUUAUAGACUUGUCUGCACAAAAUGCAAUAAAGUUCAAGUCCUUUAUUACAA